AGAAUAUGAGGACAUCAUGACAAGUUGGUGGUUGACCAAGUUUGUCCCAUCCAUCCAUACUGUUGUGUUCCUUGUGGCUCUUCCUCUCAAUCUCAUGGCGAUCGUCAUGUUCCUGGUGAAGAUGAAGGUCAGGAAGGCGGCAGUGGUCUACAUGCUGAACCUCGCCACCGCAGAUGUCCUCUUCGUUUGCAUCCUGCCUUUCCGCAUAGUCUACCGAUUCAUGGGAAACAAUUGGCUCAUCGGAGAAGGAAUGUGUCGCUUUGUCAUGUCAUCAUUUUACUGCAACAAGUACUGCUCCAUCCUGUUCAUGACCAGUAUCAGCGUGGACCGUUUCCUGGCCGUGGUCUAUCCCAUUCGAUCUAUUUCCUGGCGCAGAGUAAACCGGGCCUGGCUGGUGUGCGGCAUCAUCUGGGUCAUCUCGUUGGCCAGCACCAUUCCUCUUCUCAUACCGAGGCUUACCUUCUCAAUUACUGCACUCAACAUCACGACUUGCUUCGACGUGCAGGACUCUAAAGUGUUUGAAGGCUUUAGUUUUUACUACUUCAUUUCCUAUCGCAUCGUUUUCUUUAUCAUCCCUUUGUUCGUUAUAACCUUAUGUUACAUCGGAACCAUCUGCAGCCUCUGUGGGGGAAACGUUGCCCGCACGCAUUGGAGAUCUCGAGCCGUCUACCUGACCGCCGUCGUACUUUUUGUGUUCGUUCUGUCCUUUGGCCCAACCAAUGUCAUCUUUUUAACGUACUACCUGCAGAUGUACAAAUACGGCGACGCCACUCUGAAUUUCGCCUACAUGCUUUCGGCGAGUAUGAGCAGCAUCAGGUGUUGUCUCAAUCCUAUCAUCUACUUUUAUGCAUCUUUCCAAUAUCAGACGUACAUGUCCAGCUUGCUGUGUGGUAAGAAAACAGUCAGGAACAGGAGGACUAGGGGUAAGCCGGUGUUAUCCUGA